GGCUAUAAUAAUGGGAACCACCAAGAACAUAAUAUUAAUCUUAUUAUAUUUUAACGAUUACACUCAUUCCAUUCCAAACGAAAAUUUAAAAUAUCUAUGAAAUCUUCAGCUGCGUAUAUUUAUGUCAGCAUCAAAUAUUUUGGAGAUGGAACAUAUACGACAUCUUUGCUUUUUUUCAAUUCACCUUCUGCAAUAUAUAAGGUAUGAAAUAUUAGAGGUUUAUUAUAACAUAUAUUUAAUCAUAAUACACCACCAAGCAAACAAUAUAUUCCAUAAUAUAAUAAUCUACAAAAAUAGGACAUUAUGGCCCUAUAUAAAUGAAUUACAGCUUCGGGUUAAAUGAUCAGUUUCUACGUAACUAUUAUCUAUUAUUCUAAAGAUCAUGGCAUUCACCAUGAUAAAAGAUAUCACUCCCCUAAAAGAAUCAUGGAGAUUGAAGGUGAGGAUUGUAAGGUUUUGGGAACAACUGGAUUUCAAAGACCAUACUGUAAUCGGCACUCAUGAAUUAAUAUUGGUGGAUGAGAAGGGCUCCAAAAUACAAGCAACCAUAAACAAACAUCUGUUUGACAAUUAUAAGAAUCUUGUGAAAGAGGGCGCGACCCGUAUUAUCUCUAAUUUUUUGGUAAAAAAAACAGGUGGUCAACAUAGGGCUACUAGCCAUGACUACAAAAUCGUUUUCUUUUACAAAACGAAUGUCAGGGAGUGUGAAAAUGUACAACUUUCACUACAUGGAUUUGACUUUGUGCCCUUCGACAAGAUGCUUAAAAAGGAGGUCAAUGAUGUAUUUUUAGUAGGUAUGAUAUAGAGUAUUUUUUGAAUUUAGUUUAUAUGUUAACAAUGUAUUCUUUUUUAUCCAAUGAUAGAUGUUAUUGGAGAAUGCACUGCAAUGAGCGACAAAAUUGACACUUCAACCAAUGGAACACCAAAUUACAAAGUGAUGUUCGAGUUAGAAGAUUUAAACAAAAAUACAAUAAGUGGUACUGUAUGGGGAAAUAUGCUGAACAAAUGUCUGAGUACAAAAAAGAGGGUAUCCAAGGACGUCCUAUUAUUAUACUACAAUUCGCUAAAAUAAAGAUAUGGAGAGAUCAAGUUACUUUGUAAUUCACUCUUUGCGACCAAGAUAUUCAUCAAUGAGGACAUCUCAGAAGUGAAUGAUUAUAAGGAAAGCAUCACCGAUGGGGAUGUUUCUCGCUUGCUGGGUAUCACUCAUUUGUCAAGCCAGAAUUCACAUUCCAUAGAAGACGAGUUUAUGAAAUUGUCUGAACGUAAGCAAUUAGAUGAGAUACCCGAUACUAAUAAGGAAUGCUUUUGUGCCACUGUUGCCACAAUUGUGGGUUUUGAAAAGGAUACCAACUGGUAUUAUAACUCGUGCAAAAGUUGUAACAAAAAGGUUGACUAUGAAGGUGGUGGGAGAUAUUGGUGCAUAAAAUGUGAUUCACAUGUUAAAUCUGCGUCACCAAGGUGCAAGGUGACUGUAUCAGUUGAGGAUGACAGUGGAUCAGCAAGUUUUGUCAUGUUUGAUCGGGAGGUUUUUCAGGUUAUACAGAUAUCGGCAAUGGACUUGAAAGAUAAUUUAUUGAAGGAUGGUAAGGGUGAUUCAUUUCCAGAGGAACUACAGAUGCUUUUGGAAAGAAAUUUUUUAUUUAGAAUUCAAAUCUCUAAAUACAAUCUUGAUCAAGAUUGGGAUAAGUUCACUGUAGUAAGGCUAAGUGAUGAUGAAGACUUGAUAAAAAAGUUCUUGGAUGUGAAUGAGGUGGCACAAGAUAAUGAUGUGGAGAUUGAAUCUACUAAUAAUACGAAUACACCUUCAACUGAGAAAAAGAAGGACCCCACACCUGUUAUAUGUAAUAGUGAAGACUUUAUUGAGGGCACUAUCACACCACAAAAACGACCUCUUGAGGAAGCUACGAGUGAUGGGAACGUUGGUGAAACAAGUUCGGUGCAAAGAUCUACUAACAGAAAGAAGGUUGUGAUCAAGAUGGAGAAGAAAUAAGCAAUGGGUUAUGGGGCAGGCGUUUUGUUUUUCCUUUAGUAAUACAGUUUACUUCAAAACGUGUGUUUUAAGACCUCUCGGGGUUAUAGUAUUUUCAAUCUAGAAUCUAUUUGGUUCAAAUAUUAGUUUCAUUAUGACAUUAGUCUAAUUAAUAUUUAUAUUUGGAAGUGAUCAUA